AUGGCUCCUUCAAACAGUGGGGCGAUUAGCAUUCCGACGAAUGACAUCUCGAUGUCCUCCAUUUCGAACGGGAAUGGCCAGGAGCAGGGUUGGAGCAACGGCGGUGGUCGCUCGCCUGGCAGAGACCAGAAUACAGAGCCACCGAGGAGAUCAAGCCGGAGCAGGAGUCCGGGUCCUCGGGGAGACGACAGGGGGCGUAAUGAUGGCCAGGGCGGAGGUGGUGGUGUUAACCCAGGAAACAAUCUUCAUGUCUCCGGACUGAGCUACAAGGUUGAUACCCGUGAGCUGGAGCAGGCGUUUGCCAAAGUCGGCCGAGUUCAAAAAGCCCAGGUCAUGUACGAUCCUCAUACCCGCGAAUCCCGUGGGUUCGGGUUCGUGACUAUGGAGACUGCUGAGGAGGCUGAAGCCGCCAUCACUGCGUUGAAUGCUACUGAUCUGAUGGGUAAGACUAUUACUGUUGAAAAGGCUCGUCGUGGUCGCGCUAGGACGCCCACCCCCGGACGGUACUACGGACCUCCCAAACGCGGCCAAUCCGAACGUCCCUACGACCCACGGCCGUAUGAUAGUCGCUAUGCUCGUGACUAUGAUGAGCGCCGAGGGGGUCGUGGUGGGCGUCAUGAUGACCACCGUGGAGGCAGGGGCUACGACCGUGACUAUGGAAGGGACGACUAUGAUCGUGGUUAUCGUGAUUAUGACCGCAGGUACGAUGAGAGACGUGGAGGCGGGUAUGAUGACAGGAGGUACGAUGAGAGAAGGUAUGACGAAAGGCGUUACUAG